UAGUUGAUUCGCAAUUUGUUGAUGACAAUUUAGAUUAUUAAUAUUUGAUUGUGAUUAGUAAAUUGAAGAUCCCUCGUAAAAUGAAAAUGGGUUGAUACAAAUGGAAAAGUAAGAGAUUUGAUUUGUUGAUUUACUUUCAUAUUGUUGUUGGUUUACAAUUUGUUUCCAUUGUUAAAUUACACUUUGAUUUUACCUUAUUAUUGAUUGUUGUGUCCAAAUUACUUAAUAAUCGUAAAUUAUCUCGAAUCAAAAUGUCGGAGGUAGAAGAUCAAAAGUCGAUAUCAACCGAAGCCGAUGCCAAUCUAAAAAGCGAUGAGAGUGAAGAAGAAAAGGAGAUUGUCGAGGUCGAAGAUCGAGCCUCCGUUGAAGAGAUGCGAAAUUUUCUCGCUCCAGAUCAAUCGUGUGUCGAUCUGAACCACAGUCGGAUACGACAGAUCGACGGAUGUGAAAUGUUGGAAAAAUGUGAAAUUCUUGGCCUACGAAAUAAUCUCAUCAAAACGAUCGAGAAUCUUGAAAGUUUAACAUUACUCCGAGAAUUGGAAUUGUAUGACAAUCAAAUAACCAAAAUUGAGAAUCUCGAUAAUCUCGUUAAUUUAGAGACAUUGGAUCUUUCUUUCAAUAGAAUUUCGAAAAUUGAAAAUUUAACUUCAUUGGUUAAUCUUAAGAAGCUUUACUUGGUUAACAAUCGGAUUACUAAGAUUCAGAAUGUUGAUCAUUUGGUUAAUCUCGAAAUGUUGGAACUUGGUGGAAACAGAAUUAGGACCAUUGAGAAUCUUGAUGGUCUCAACAAUUUACAAUCUCUUUUCCUUGGUAAAAAUAAGAUUACUAAAUUACAGAAUCUUGAUAAAUUGGUUAAACUGAAACUUCUUAGUAUCCAAUCAAAUCGUCUUACUAAGAUUGAAGGAUUAAAUGGAUUAAUUAACUUGGAUGAGAUUUACUUUGAUCAUAAUGGAAUCGAGACCAUUGAAAAUUUAACUAACAACGUUAAUCUUACACAUUUGGAUAUUGCCAAUAAUCGUAUCGUUAAAUUGGAAAAUAUUGAUCAUUUGAUUAAUUUAAAGGAAUUGUGGGCCAAUGAUAAUCAAAUUGAAUCCUGGAAAGAUUUGGAAAUAUUGAAAAAUUUUCCUCAAUUGGAAACCGUUUAUCUGGAACGUAAUCCAAUCUCAGCUGAUCCAAUGUAUCGGGUGAAGAUUAGUCUUAUUAAUCCAAAUAUUAAGCAAAUUGAUGCUCUUUUGUGUAGAAAUCAAUCAUAAUCAAUUGAUCAUUGUUACUAAUUUUACUUCAUCUCAUUUAACCAAAUCAACGGCCAUUUUUUUCCAAGCCUUAUAGUUGAUACAUUCACGAUUAUUAUUAUUAUAUUAUUCAUCUGAUUCUCAA